UAUUGUGUAGAGUGGACGUCAGUACACGUCGUGUUAUAAAUAUAGAAAUAAGUGUGAGUGUAAAAAUGGAUAUUUAUAGAAACCGAGUGAGAUUUCAAGAUAUUGAGGAAUUGACUAAUUAUGGAUGCUAUUUUUCUAAAGGAAAGAUGACAGCCUACGACAACGAAGGAGCAACGAUCUCCAUGGAAGAUGUGAGGGACACAGAUCGGCCAAUAACAAUAAACACGAUAGAGGAAGAGCUAAUAGCCAGGAGAAAUAGAAUGAUGAAGACACAGAAGUCCACGGUGGCGAGUAGAAAGCAGCAGGCGGUAUGCGUGAGGCGAGCUCACAAGAGAUAUGGGACAGCGAAGAGCCCCAAUGUCAUUCUGGAUGGAUUAAAUAUGACUGUUCCGAAAGGGGCUAUAUACGGUCUUCUCGGUGCUUCCGGCUGUGGCAAGACUACCCUUCUAUCCUGCAUAGUUGGUAGGAGACGGCUCAAUUCUGGUGAGAUAUGGGUGCUCGGUGGGAAGCCUGGGAGCCCGGGGAGCGGCGUUCCUGGACCCAGGAUAGGAUACAUGCCCCAGGAAGUGGCGCUAUUCGGCGAGUUCACUAUCAGAGAGACGCUUAUCUACUUCGGUUGGAUCGCCAACAUGGCCACCAAAGACGUGGAGGAGCGCAUCGACUUCCUUAUCCAACUGCUGCAACUACCAAAUCCUACCAGACAAGUUAAGAACCUGUCAGGAGGUCAGCAGAGACGUACUUCGUUAGCCGCGGCGCUCAUUCAUGACCCUGAGCUGCUCAUCUUGGACGAGCCUACGGUCGGAGUUGACCCAGUUCUUAGACAAAGCAUUUGGGACCACUUGGUGGAGAUCACGAAGGGAGGUCGCACUACAGUUAUCAUCACGACUCACUACAUAGACGAGACCAAGCAGGCUAAUAUAAUCGGUCUUAUGCGUGGAGGAAGGUUCCUGGCUGAAGAGGCACCGAGCGAGUUGAUCCGCAGGUACAACGCGGAGAGUCUCGAAGAAGUGUUCCUCAAAUUGUCGGUUAUCCAGAACCUGGGCAAGCGGAGAAGAUCGAGCAUUUUAGCCGAUGUGGUGGAGAAGGUGGAAUUACCUACGAUGCCGGAUCCGUCGGCAAUAGAUCUAGAAGAAGCAGAAAUAGGAGAAAUCUCCGGUGAAUUUGGAGAUAACGUGUCGAUGAGCAGUAAAGGAAGAGUGGUGGUGACGCCCGACGUUCCGAUGCCGGUGGAGUCGUUGCCUCCAGAGGAGAAGGCGACGAGGUCCUUUGUGGAGACUAUAAAACCGAUGAAAUGGCAUCACAUGAAGGCGCUUAUUUGGAAGAAUUUCUGGAGUUUGUUCAGGAAUUUUGGCGUCAUAGCUUUUAUCAUGGGCCUUCCUGUCUCCCAAAUGGUGUUCUUCUGCCUCGCCAUCGGGCACUACCCCGUCGGUCUUCCCAUCGCGGUGGUCAACUACGAGUCAAACAGUACUACACCUCUCUGCCCUUAUGAGAAGACCUGCCCUCAAGACCUGGCGACCUAUGAAUGGAACCUCACUGACUUCAGCUGCGUGUACCUGGAGUUUUUAUCUAAACGGCAGGAUAAUUUGAUACUGUAUCCGACGAAAGAAGCGGCGAUGUACGACGCUUCCCACGGGAAGGCGCGAGCGGUGCUGGUCUUCCACUCAAACUUCUCCACCUGCCUCCAGGACAGGAUCACCGACCCGAGACGCGCUGACUUAUAUACCGUGAAGAACUCCGACAUAGAGGCUCAUAUGGAUGAUACUGAUAAGCAGGUAGAAUGGAUGUUGAAUCGUGAUAUCCAGCUGGCGUUCAUGGAGGCGGCGGAAUACCUGGCGAAGCUGUGCGACCUGCCGAAGAGGAUCAUGUCCAUUCCAGUUUAUUUCAACAAACCCAUUUACGGGUUGGACGUGCCCAAUUUCACGGAUUUCGCAGGCCCGGGCGUUAUUCUUACAAUCAUUUUCUUCUUGGCUGUCGCGUUGACUUCUGGGUCUAUGUUGGCUGAACGCAACGAGGGUAUCCUGGAGAGGUCUUUAGUUUCAGGGAUUACGGGUACUGAGAUCCUGUUCUCCCACGUGAUGGUACAAAUGCUGGUGAUGAUCGCGCAGUCCGUCAUCGUUCUGUUCCUUGGCUUCGUUGUCUUCGGCCUCACCAUGACCGGACCUCUCGGAUGGGUCACCGUCCUGACCCUGAUCACUGGGCUGUGUGGAAUGACCUUUGGUUUCGUGGUUUCGUGCAUCUGCGACACCGAUAGAACCGCUACGUACUUAGCGCUCGGCUCCUUCUUGCCCAUGGUGCUGCUGUGCGGCAUCAUCUGGCCUGUUGAAGGAAUGCACAUCGUCCUCCAAUGGAUAAGUUACGUCCUGCCCCUCACCAAAUCGACGGAAUCUCUUCGUUCAAUGCUCCAAAGGGGAUGGUCUAUCUCUGUCCCCACAGUGUACUCUGGAUUCAUAUCAACCGGUAUUUGGAUCGUGGUGUACCUUACGACCAGCAUCCUACUCCUCAAAUUCAAGAAGGGAUGAACUGUUACCACAAAUUAGAUACAAUAAAAGGUUUUGCUCAAUUCCGUUUGUAGUUUAGACUGAUUUUAAAUAGGCUAGCAAAUGCAAUAAUAAGUUUACUGCGUUACCAAUUUUGUUACCAAUAGUAUGAAAUGUGUAUUUAAAAAAAAAAAUUUAGUUCUUUUGUGGUGGGUCGUCGACUCUCUUGCAGUUGACGAGACGAAAUUUUACGUUGACGUUAAAGUAAUUUACACUACAGUUAAUAGCUAAUUAAUUCAUGAAGUUGCAAACUAGUUUAAGCAAUGAGCAGAACAGUCUAAAAAUCGAUUCGUUCAAGGCUCAUCACUAGUUAAGAAAUAUUUGGAUUAUAAAUCUUAGUAUGAAACUAAAAUAGUAAACAUAUAUUUUUAUAUAAAGUAUAAUGAAAUCAAUAUUGUGACAUAAAAGGAACGUGAAUGAACACAAUGUCUGAACCAAAAGCAAUAUUUCGUGCGUAGAUGUACGACAAUGACAGACUGUCAAACAGACUCGUGGCAUUAAUAUUAUCUGUGGGUUGGAUCAAAUACCUUGUAGGUACGUUUAUUUAUUUAUGGAACCAUCAAGGGUGUAUAGCAUUUAGAUGUUUUGUAAAUAUUAGUUUGUAAGUUUAAUUUGUAAUAUUGUCUUUAUUAAUGACUAACGUAGUAAUAUUUCCUUAUUUUUAAAUUAAAGUAUUUUUCGAAUUUUAUCGGUGUUUGUAUAUUUUAAUUUUCUCUUGACGUUUCGAAGACUUUGCAGCCUUCAUGGUCAUGGGGGGGACUGAGGUGUUGGUUAUCCGCAAAGUCAAGGCUACAAUAUCUACAUUUUACAAUUAUACAACUUUUUAAAAUGCAUGAAUUUUGUAAUCGAGCAACAUUAAAUUAAUACUCUGAAGCUCUACAGAUGGUUUCUUUAGAUUAAAAACAAAUAUCGCAACGCCUCGAUUUACAGAAUUUAGGACGAUUAAGCUGACGUUUAGCUUUCUAAUCAACGCUUAAAGCGCUUAAUUAGUGCUUUAGUAUAAUUAAUUCAAUUUGCUUCACCAGUUGAAUUACGUGUCUGGCGAUAAGUAAACGCAAACUUGAUUUGCAUGUUGUCAAAAAAUUGAAUUUAUUGCCAAGAUUUUUAAAGCACAGACACGAAAAUAGAAAAAUACUAUUUUUUAUCUGAUAUUUUUGCCUCGGAAUGGUUUCUGUUCUACAAAAAAAUAAUCACAUUUUUGAUUUGUAGGUUUCACUUUCUCGAAAGAUUAUGUUUAUGAAAAUUCAUUUUUAUUUGGUCGUAAGUUAAAUGAAUUUAUUUCUGAGAUAUGCGUGGGUUUUAUUUGAUCCAUUAGUUUCACAUUAAAUACAUUUACCGCUGAAUAAAUAAUAAAUUAUAAUCCAAAUUUAUUAACACUUUCAGACUGCGUAGGCAGAUUCUAAUGCCAUUUUUAAGUAUUACUUAUAUUGAGAUAUUUGAUGAAAACGUAGUUUGAAGGGUAAGAUACGCCUAUGUUCAACAAGGGAUUCUAUAUAUGUUCAGGAUAAUUCAUUUAUUUUUGCCAGUCAGUGUAUUGGAAAACUAUGGUAGCUUACUAUGAAGUACCUAUUGGGUAUAAUUAGAUACAGUUUUAUCUUGUGAUAUUAAGAAUGUAUCUAGAUUUAUAUCUAAUAACUAAAAUAUGAAAUUACAAGAGUCGAGCAAGGAAUUCAAGAACCGGUCUAUUUUCUCUCCCUUUUUAUUUUAGUAUAUCUAGUUCUUCAGAUGAAAACAAUGAACAAGUCGUUAGUAAAGACGAUAAUUAGUGGCUAAUUAAUAUUGUGUAGAAAAAUAACAAGUUCUGUUUUCAUAAUUUUGCAAUGACAAUGUUGUGAUAGUACGUUUAAGGGUGCAAAUAAAAUAUUCAAGUAAA